AUGUUGACUGUGGGAACGUCUGAGAUCUUCCCUAGAGGAUUUCCUAAGGAUUUCUCAGUACUCUUAGGCCUACGCACCCGAACCUCCACGCCAAGUCGCGUACCUCUCUUUUCCAUCUACUCAUCGGAAAGCGAGGAAGUUUUGGCAAUCCUUGUGGGAUCAGAGAUAGCUCUCUACUAUCAGGACAUGAAUGAUCCCCUAAGUGAUCCAAUUCUGGUGCAAUUCCCAUUGAAUAUCAAUGACGAAAAAUGGCAUAGAUUGGGCUUGAGUGUCAAGGGAGAUUCCAUAACACUCUUGGCAGAUUGCACCAGGGAAAUCACCAAGAGAUUUCCGCGAAAAGUCAAUGCGACAAUAGCAACAGAUGGAUUGAUUCUAAUUGGGGUUCAACUGAUGGAGGAAGAGGGUUACUUUACGGGGGAUAUUCAACUUUUCAAGAUUGCCGACACACCAGAUGAGGCUUAUCAAGUGUGCUCCGCCAAACAUGCCCCAUUAUGCAAUGGUGACCACUAUCAGACGACCUCUCCUUAUCUCAGCGUAAACAGAAAGGAGAACCAAUUGGGAAUGGCGUCACGAACAAAUUCCACGCUACAUGAUUCAGCUGUGCAAGCUGAAACUGCCCGCGAGUGGGAUUCCUACGAUGAUCUCUAUGAUUUUGAUGACGACAAUGUCACCAUUAUCAGGGAGUUUCCCGAAGAGACAGUCAACUCAACUGAAUUCAAUGUAACACUGUCUGGUGGGCCGUCUGGCGGAUCGCACUAUUCAAGCUCCUCAUGGAGUUCAUCUAGUGGAGGCGGGGGGUUUUCUUCCUCUCUAGGAAGCAGCUUUGGAGCAAGUGGAGCUCCAAUAUCUUCAACUGGUAGUAGUCUAUUGCCUCUGGGAGGACUAAGCGGAGGGUAUUCAUCCAACGGAAGUCUAGGAAGUUUUUCUUCUUCAACAAGUUCGGGAGAUUUUUCAUCAUCAAGUUUCAACGCAACUCUCGAGGGAGAAUCCUCUGCAGGAAAUGGAACUUCUUCAAGACUUUCCCCAGACAUCUUCGGUAGAACAACUCAGACCAUCAGAUACAUUGAAGGCCCACCUGGGGAAAAGGGCCAAAAGGGAGAACCUGGGAGAGAUGGAAGAGAUGGACAAAGCGGACUUCCCGGACCACCAGGACAUGUUUUCAUGAUUCCCAUCAAUCAAGCUAUUGGAAACGACAAAGGGCCAGAUUCUCAAGUGGAGACCUUUAGGCAUAUGCUGACACAGCACAUGUCAGCAAUGCGAGGUGCCGAUGGACCUAUGGGACUGACGGGGAUACCAGGACCCCAAGGACCUCCUGGAGUUGAAGGCAGCAAGGGAGAACCCGGGGAUGCUGGUGAACCUGGUCCUCGAGGAUUGCGUGGGGCAAUGGGGCCACCAGGCAGGGAGGGAAGACGAGGAAGGGCAGGUAGGGAUGGUGAUAGAGGUGUUUCCGGUCCUAUGGGGCAAAAGGGUGAACCAGGUCCACCAGGAAUGAUGGGAAUACGCGGCCUGAAGGGCGAUAGAGGAAGAACAGGGCCUACAGGACCAAAAGGACAACCUGGUCAUGAUGGUAUUCAGGGAGAAGAUGGACCUCCUGGUCUACCAGGAUUGCCCGGUGAAAUGGGGCCUAGAGGUUUUCCAGGGACACGCGGUUUUCCAGGACCUCCCGGAAGUCCUGGAAUCCCCGGAACUGAAGGACCACCAGGAGCUAAGGGAAAUCAAGGAGGUACAGGACAACCUGGACCACCUGGACAAUUGGGAGUUCAAGGACCAAUUGGUAUACCAGGUCCUCAAGGAAAUCCUGGCCCACCUGGAAUUGCUGGUCCUCCGGGGAAGCCGGGACUUCCUGGAUUAAUGGGAGUGGAAGGGACAGCUGGAAGGCCUGGAAACCCUGGUCAAACUGGUCAAAAAGGCCACACGGGCCCUCAAGGAGUUCAGGGUCCUAUAGGAUUUCCCGGUCAGAGAGGUGUAAAAGGGGAUGAUGGCCCAAGAGGCCUUCCUGGUGACAAAGGUGACAAGGGCGACAGAGGAGCUGACGGAGAAAAGGGUGACUUGGGUACGCCAGGAGACAGAGGAACUCCUGGAAAUGCUGGUGCUCCUGGUGUUGAGGGUCCAGAAGGUCCUAAAGGAUUUGAAGGGCCCCGUGGUGAAGUUGGUAGUGUAGGAUCACCAGGUCCGCCAGGACGUCCAGGUGUACAAGGACCUCCAGGAUAUCCUGGUGUGGCAGGCGACAAGGGAGAUAAGGGAGCAACUGGUGCUCAGGGAAAUCAAGGGCAUAAAGGAGAAAGAGGGCAUGCAGGUAUCCCUGGCGAGAGAGGACAAGUUGGACCAAGAGGAAUGAGAGGAGCACGAGGAAGAGCAGGAUCUGAAGGUGUUCCGGGCCCAAAGGGAGAUACAGGUCAACCAGGACCUCCAGGUCAAGCAGGUCAAGUUGGAUCUCAGGGGCCAGAAGGUCCUAGAGGAUUCAUAGGUCUUCCAGGUCCUCCUGGUGUCAAUGGAAAAGACGGAAUUCCUGGACCACCAGGAGAAAGAGGCCCUCCGGGUGCUACGGGGAACCAAGGACCACCGGGAAAUAUUGGAGUGGUUGGACCACCAGGACAAGUCGGCGAACCCGGCCCACAGGGUGAAGCUGGACAACCUGGUCCACCAGGAAUGCCAGGUGAAGCUGGAUUACCAGGCGAUACUGGAAAAGAUGGUUUUCCAGGACCUCCUGGUCCAAUUGGAAAACCAGGUGAUACUGGUCCAGCAGGUCUGCCAGGAUUUCCCGGCGAGAGGGGACAUACUGGACAACCGGGUUUGGCAGGUUUAAAAGGCGAAUCCGGUCUUCCAGGCGUCCCAGGACUUCCUGGGGACAAAGGACAACAAGGUGAAGCUGGUAGAGAAGGACCUCCGGGACCAGAAGGACGACAAGGUCCUCCAGGUCCUGCUGGGGCUCCUGGAGCAAAGGGUGAAGUGGGAAUAAAAGGAGCCACAGGACCAAUGGGGAGAGAUGGAGUUAUGGGAAUGCGUGGAUUGCCUGGCCCACCAGGUCCUGCUGGGGCUCCGGGUGAAGAUGGGGAUAAGGGUGAAAUUGGUCCGCCGGGUGAAAAGGGAUUCAAGGGCAGUCAAGGUGAAGCUGGUCCUAUGGGUCCACCGGGGUCUUUAGGACCGCGUGGAGAGCCUGGCGUUGCAGGAGUUCCCGGUGAAAAGGGCCCUCCAGGUGAUGUUGGUCAUCGUGGGCACAAGGGAGAAGAUGGACCAGUCGGUUUACCUGGCUCUAGAGGUCCUGUUGGCCCUCAAGGUCUUCCCGGUACUUCGGGUACAAAAGGAGAAAGAGGCGAUGAUGGACUUCCUGGAGCUCUUGGUCCCGCUGGACCACCUGGAGAGGCCGGAAGGCGUGGACUAAGAGGUCCUGAAGGUGCAAGAGGGCGCCCUGGACCACCUGGACCACAGGGUAAAAUUGGUGAAACAGGCCCUGCAGGUCCGCCGGGUCCAAUUGGCCCAGUUGGAAAAGAUGGUGAUAGAGGUGCUCCUGGACCAAAAGGCGAAGAAGGAAAAUCCGGUGUACCUGGAGCACCGGGGAAACCUGGUCCAGCUGGCAUUGAGGGCUCAAAAGGACCUCCUGGUCCACCAGGCUUCCCUGGUAAUCCCGGAGAGCCCGGUUUGCCAGGAAUUAAGGGCGACACAGGAAAACCUGGCGAGCCUGGAGCUGCAGGUGAACCUGGAUUGCCAGGUGAAAUAGGACCUAUAGGCAAGGCUGGGGAUCAAGGACCUCCAGGGCGUCAAGGUCCUGAAGGUCCAGCUGGACUUCAAGGUUCCCCUGGACAACCAGGAGAGAAGGGUGAUAUUGGACUGCAGGGUGUUCCCGGAGAAGCAGGAAUUCCUGGACCUCAGGGACUACCAGGACCUGUAGGUCCACCAGGAAAUCUCGGACCAGUUGGUCCAGCUGGAGAUGUGGGCCCUCCAGGCAAAGAGGGCAAAGAUGGGCUUCCUGGAAAAAUAGGUGACGUAGGUCCGAAAGGUCAAAAAGGCUCACGCGGUUUGCGUGGCUUUAAGGGUCACCGAGGAUUUAUUGGAGAACCCGGAAGAAUUGGAGAGCCAGGGGAGAAGGGUAAUAUGGGCCUGAGGGGGACAAUGGGAGCCCCUGGACCCAAAGGGGAGACUGGAAAGAUGGGAAUGAUGGGACUGAAGGGAUCUGACGGGCCUCCUGGUGAACCUGGCCCAGCUGGACCUCCUGGUCCUAAGGGAUCUGAAGGUGUGGCUGGAAAUAAGGGUGAAACAGGUCCUGCUGGACCACCUGGACCUCCUGGUCCUCAAGCAGAGCCACCCCUUUUGCCACCUGAACUUCUUUUCCAAUUGAAUGAGUUUUCACCGACAAAAGGCGAGGACAGGGCAAAGAGAGAUCUCGAGAUGAUAGAUAAAUUGAUGGACAUGGAUGAUGACGAGCUGAAUGAAUUUAUGGGAGUGACAAAGCCUUCAGGGAGGAAGAAUGGUCCGAGGAGAAAAGUAGAGAAUGAUGAUUUGAGUGCUCAAUUCCUUGACAUGUAUAGCUCAAUUCAUGCUAUGCGCCUGGAGUUGGAGAGAAUCAGAAAACCACUUGGGACAAGGGACAAUCCAGCACGAUCGUGCAAAGACCUCUACUAUGGCCAUCCAAGUUUUGCCAAUGGAUGGUACUGGAUUGAUCCGAACCUGGGGAUGAUUGAUGAUGCGAUUUAUGUCUUUUGCAACCUAACAGCCCAAGGAGAAACAUGUGUAUUUCCUGAUGUUCACACUUCCCAGAUGCAAAAUAUUCCCUGGCGUCGAGAGAAUGACAGAACGGAUUGGUAUUCAAAUCUUCGAGGUGGUUUUCAAAUUACAUACGAUACGACAGGAUUAGUUCAGAUGACUUUUUUGCGACUUCUCUCCCAGGAGGGUGUUCAAAACUUCACCUACACAUGCAUCAAUAGCGCCCCAUGGUUCAAUGAGAAACUCCAGAAGUAUGACACAGCGAUUAAAUUCAUGGGUGAUAAUGAAGUGGAAAUAACUCAUGACAAUCCAGCAAUAUCCCCAAAUGUUCUCUUCGACGGAUGCAAGUCCGGAAAGAGCAACAGCGAAACUGUAUUUGAGGUGAAAACCAAAAAGCUCAAUUAUUUGCCAAUUAUCGAUUUCUACCCCAUCGACUAUGGAUUGCCAAAUCAAGCUUUUGGCUUUCAUGUAGGGCCUGUUUGUUUCAAAUAAACAUCGUUUCAUAGGAAAA